GUUUACUAAGAAGCGGUUUAUCAAGAAAAACGACAGCAUUGAGAAAUUUUCCGCGGUUUAUUUACUAUCACGGUAGCAACCAUGCAGUUUUUUCCAUUAAUUUUAGGUUUUGCGUCGCUGGUCUUGGGUGACACCGGUGGUUCAAGUGGAUCAUCCGGGAGUGGAGGAGCGGCCAACGGCCAGGUCCAGUUAAACAGUCAACAAGCAACCGUUCUGGAUAACGGUAGCCACAACUCGGUGGGCCAAUCGCAAAGCCUCGUCUCUGGCACAACGCUGAACAUCGGUGGCAGCAGCAGCUCCAGCCUGCAGUAUGACCCUUCGGUCACCGCCAAUCCAGCGUCCGCCUUCGGUAGUAACUACGUUAAUGCCAAUGGUAACGCGAUGACCGGCGUCCUACAGAACAACCAGAACAGCCAAUCCAACAGUACCAGUGAUGGCCAGCAUCACAGCGUGAUCAGUCAGUCUCAGGUCAACGGUAACGGCACGGGAAUAUCCGUGAGUAAUUCGGCCUCGGGAAGUGUGUAUUUGCGCCUUCCCACCACAACCCCGCGCUAUAUAACGACAACAGGGUGCAGCUAUUCUGGUCUUACCUGUUACGGCGCCGGUUGCGUGCCGAUUAACAGUGGCCCCGAUUCCUGCUGGUGUUCAUGUUGGUCAGUAUCAACUCCUCAUUACAUCACUGACACAACAUACCCAGCGACAGCAACGCCAUCGCCUCUUGCUGUAGCCAACGGUUCACGCGUGGAUCAGCGGCAGAGGAGACCCAGCGGCGGAUCAAUAAUUAGAAAUGGUCACAAUAUUCUGAAGAGUCGGGAAAAACUGCCAUCACGCGGGAAAGAACAAGCGCAAGUUGGUCAUACGACGCUGCCCCGUAAUUUUCGAAAGAAAGCAUAAAGUUGCA